AUGAUAAGAGAAUUAAAUCACAAAGACCUUCAUUCUAUAGACAUCAUACAGGAAUGGCAGUACUGUGUCAAAGUGAAUGGCGGUCAGACGUGUCUGUCCUGUAGGGAUAUUCCGGAACCAAUAGAAUGCUCCAUGGUGACGCAAUGCGGCGAACACGAGCAAUGUUUUGUUCAGAAAUACGUGAACUACGCUGGUCACGUGAGAUAUGAUCUAGGAUGUGCUUCAAAUCUGAGCUGUGAUAUGAUUCCUCCCAGUCGUAAGACUGCUAGAGUUAUCAGUCCUGACGACUCUGUAGUAUGUGAAACCUGCUGUAAUGAUACUGUGAUCUGUAAUAGUAGAGGACUUUGUGGAAGUCAAGCUCUACCGGAACACUCCGGAACCCUCUGCUAUCAUUGUGACUACCAAUCACAUCCGGGCAGCUGUGAUCACAUUAAGCUCUGUUCCAUUGAUAGGGCUUGUUACAUCGGUCUUGCUCAUGACGUCACCAGCGCGUCAUAUCACUGGGUAUCGGGCUGUGCACUUAGAGAAACCAAAUGUAAAAGUUUAGAGAUGUUCGCAGACAAUCCGUUUUGUUCGAGCUGUUGCGAAGGAGAUCUGUGUAACAACCGUUGUCAUAGGAACCAAUCUGCUAAUGUGUGUGCUGACAAAGAUCAGUUUUGUCCCUUGUUAAAAGACAGAUGUCACACAAUGCCAGACGUUAAGAAGGCGUGUCCAGCAACCUGUGCAUUGUGUCCUAUGAAUUCCUACGGAAAUACUACAUCAAUUUCUCCACCUACCAACUCCACUGGAAAAACUGAACAAACUCAUGGAUACGUUACAAUUCCUGUAUCUAACCAGACUACUGGUAACGUUAAUCAAUCACACUCAACGACUCCGUCAACAUCCACAUCGUUAGCUUCAUCUACUCACUUACCAACUGUACAAACAGUACUCUCUACAUUGAACAAUUCUGGCAGCAAUAACAGUUCCACACAGCCGCCGGUCAUAACAAUUGAUGACUGUGUGGAUGCUGUCAACGCUAGCUGUAGUUCCUAUAACUUGUUUGAUAUCUGUAACACAACAAGUAUAUACUACCCGUGGGCAUCUGAUCACUGUAGAAAAAGCUGUGGACUAUGUCAUCCAGGUGUGUGUGAGGACACAAUUCCUAACUGUGAUGAAUACAACGCCGACAUGUGCACUAACCAUAUAUACACAGCCUUCGUAUAUCUACACUGUAGGAAGUAUUGCCACAAAUGUUAAAUGUCGUAAAACACUGCCGGAAAUGCU